AUGGCCGACGCCGAAAUGGAUAUCGAUCAGCAGCCUCAGCAGGAGGAGCAGGAGCAAGCACAGGAGGAAGGCCGCUCUCCUUCUCCAUCACAAUCACCCGAAGCUAAGCGCGGAGCUCCUGCUGGACCCGAAACACGUACUUCAACCGGAGCCGUGGCCGUUCGCUCUAUUGAAGGCUGGAUCGUUAUGGCUACCAAUGUCCACGAGGAGGCCAGUGAGGAGGACCUGCAAGAGCUGUUUGGCGAGUUUGGCGAGAUCAAGAACUUGCACAUGAACUUGGACCGCAGAACCGGUUACGUCAAGGGCUACGUCCUGAUCGAGUUUCCCACACUGGACGAGGCAAAGGCUGCCGUCGAAGGAGCCAACAAGACCAAGUUGCUUGACCAGACCAUCUCUGUCGACUUCGCCUUUGUGCGCCCACCACCUACCAAGAACACCAACGACACUCGUGGUGGACCUGCUCGUGGUGGAAAGUCAAGAAACAGAAGCAGAAGUCCUGGUGCUCGCAGAGACGACGAGGAUGAGGACAUCGAGUAG